AAAACAAUCCGACCUGCCUCGAGCCUGCCUCCAUUCAGAGAUACCUUCACCAUGUACCUUUAACACAACUCCAACGCUGCCGCAUGACUGGCCAGCUUCUUUCAAAUGGAUCCCGAUUGCCCGGUUUUGGACCUUGAUGGCUCAGCUGCCAUGAUUGACAGACAGGACCAGCAACGGAACUGAAGCAAGAUAUGGACGGAGCUUGCUUGCCUUUCCCAUCCGCGAGCCGGCCUACCCGGGACACACGGAGAAUAACAACCACUCUCCAGCGUGACGGGUUUGGAUUGUCAUUGGAGGUUCAGAUCAGACCUUCUGCUAUUUAACGGAUUUGAUUCCCUCGAUCCAAGUCUUGCUGGCCGUUUCCUAUCAUUGUCGCACAGUACCUUCCAUCAUUUUUUUUUCAUUUCUACGGUUCUCUUCACUCGUCGAUAUACCACGACUGGCACUGGGUCGCAAACAGGUCGUAUUUGUUUCGACUUUCGAGAGUUGUAAGUGUUUGUCUUUGCUCCAGUUCCGACACUCGGGUUGGCCAUCAUUUCCCGUGUGUCACGUUGGUCACUACCUAGCUCUCGGCUGUCUCACAAUGCUACCGUUGGGUUGUUCCUGUCAGCACUACGAAUCCUUCUCGGAACCAGCCCCUCAUUCGCCUCGCGAAGCUUCCCGAGUUGUCCUCUUUUGACUUUUCUGGCUGAUUUUCCAACAUCUUUCCAGAGACAUCAUCACCCGGACAGUUCGUCAGCAAUACCUAGAGCACAUUUGUCACAAUGCCGAGCGUAUACCCAGGACUCGAUAUCCUCCAGAACACGUUUGGUAGUUCAUACCAGCCCAAGUCCAAUGGCGCGACUCCUCUCCAGGCCCGCACCGAUCUUUAUCCCGCAUACUCGAUAGUCGACGAUGCGAAGAGCAAGGCAAAGAAGCUGAGCGCUGAAGCCGCUCACGAGUUUGACGUUGCCAGCCAAAAGGCCCAGGCCAAGACUGGACACAUUGAGCUGUACUCCUCCCAAUACUAUGCCGCAUGCACAUUCGGUGGCUUGAUGGCCUGUGGCGUCACUCACACUGCGGUAACACCGUUGGAUCUUGUCAAGACGAGACGCCAGAUCGACUCGAAGCUGUACAAGGGCAACUUCCAAGCUUGGGGUCACAUUCUCAGGCACGAAGGUGUUCGCGGCAUCUUCACCGGUUGGAGUCCGACCUUCUUCGGUUACUCGGCCCAGGGUGCGUUCAAGUAUGGCUGGUAUGAGUUUUUCAAGAAAAAGUAUUCGGACCUCGCUGGUCCCGAAAACGCGCACAAGUACAAGACAGCACUGUACCUGAGCGCGUCCGCCUCGGCAGAAUUCUUGGCCGAUAUUGCGCUCUGCCCCUUCGAGGCCAUCAAGGUCCGCAUGCAGGGUACCAUUCCGUCGCAGUACAAGGGCACCUUUGAUGGCUUCAGCCAGAUCACGGCCAAGGAAGGCUGGGGCGGUCUCUACAAGGGUCUCUACCCUCUCUGGGGUCGCCAAAUCCCUUACACCAUGAUGAAGUUCGCUUCGUUCGAGACCAUUGUUGAGAUGAUCUACGACCGUCUGCCCGGUGGCAAGAGCGACUACGGCAAGGCUGCCCAGACCGGAGUCUCCUUCGUUGCUGGUUAUGCUGCCGGUAUCCUCUGCGCCAUUGUGUCUCACCCCGCCGAUGUCAUGGUCAGCAAGCUCAACGCCUACCGCAAGCCCGGCGAGGGAAUGGGUGCUGUCACUUCGAGAAUCUACAAGGACAUUGGCUUCAAGGGUCUCUGGAACGGUCUGCCAGUGAGAAUUGUCAUGAUUGGUACCCUUACCGGUCUGCAGUGGAUGAUUUAUGACUACUUCAAGGUCUUCAUGGGUCUGCCUACCACUGGUGGUGCCGCACCCCCUGCGGAGAAGCCCGCGCAGCACUCUUGAGCUGUCAUGGAGAAUGAGUGAUGAUGGUGGAACGGAUCAGGGCAUCUUUAAUGUUGGAGUUUAGCCUGGAGUUACAGAUGCGUCUUGUGUGUUUUAUAUCCUAGCAGUUGGUUAAUGUAUUGUUGCGAAAAGCUGCCGUCCGAACACUAAUUUGCCCCUGAAUAUGUCAAGAGUGUUUGCUGUAUCUUUCUCAGUCCAUAUUGGUUGCUGUUCUUGAAACUGGAAGGAACGCACAUAGACUGGCUUAUCGAUCCCCGGCAAACUGGACCCAGCUUACAAGGGAAGUCAGGGAAGGAACCAGCCGAUUUAAUCCCACUCCGGCCCGCCGACAAUCAUAAUGGCGCAAUCACCAACUUCCACUGUCUCCUCUUUUCGUCCUCCUCUCGCUCUCUCAAACUCGA